UUCAGUUCACUUGACGUUUUGAAACGGAACUGUUGAGUCUCACAAGCAUUAUCGUGAGGUGGGAGUAAGUUUUCAGAUUUUGCGGCGACGUUGGGUGUCACAGUGAGUUUAUCGUCAUUUCAGGAUUGAGAGACAACACAGUGAGUUCAUUAUUUUACUCCACCCCACAUCUGGAAUUUAUUUCUACUUAAAGGGUUUUCAUGCAGGGACAAACAGCAAGAUAGACAGUGGACUAACAGUGGGCCCAGCAGGAAGAUGGUUCCAGUUAAGCUCCUCAUUCUGGGAGCUCAGAACACUGGAAAAACAGCACUGUGUGUUCGUUUCAUAACCAAGCGCUUCAUUGGUGAAUAUGACCGUAAAAAGGAGGUGACCUACAGAUGUAGUCGGGUGGUGGACCAGGAGAGCGUUGAGCUGGAGAUUUUAGACAUAGCUUGUAAGGAGAGCUCUGUGGCCUCUCUGCAGUCGUCUAUCCGCUGGGCCGACGGUUUCCUGCUGCUCUACUCCAUCACACAACGCCUCAGCUUCCUAGAGGUCCCGCGACUCAAGAAGCUCAUUGACCAAACAAAACAGAAUCUGGUUGUUCCUACAGUGCUAGUAGCCAACAAGGCAGAUUUGGAAAUAGGGCGGGAGGUGACAACAGAGGAAGGACAGAGACUGGCCAAGGAUUUAAGGUGUGGUUUCAGGGAGCUGUCUGUGGCCGAAGCCGUUUCACCCGUGGAAGCAGCAGUGUUUCAACUCAUUAGGCUGGUGCUGGACCAGCAGCGCCCUCUGCCUGACCGUCGCUCCUACAUGCUGACAGUCCGCCACGCUCUGACCAGGAAACUGACCCGGUCCAAGACCAUGCAGUGGUGACCGUUCACCAGUUAUGGUUACCGUGGGGCGUUUUUCGAGAAAAACUGCAGGUGUUGUCUGUUCUCGUAACACUGCAGUUUUACUUCCGGGCUGGUUUUAUGAUAUCAGCACUGUAGUGUUGACGCAAAAAAAUUGUGUUUAAUCCUCUUAUCAAUCAGCCUGUAUGGAGGAAAAUGGAAGAAAUAAAACCUCCUACUAAGUACCAGUUUUUUGAACCUCCACCUCUGACAGUGUUCAAGGCACCUACUGUAUAUGGGGGCCAGACUUUUUU